GUCCUUAAAGUUAGGUUUUGCAUUCAAGAACGAAUUAACGAUGGACUGUCUCUUAUCUCAGGAGACGAUAGUGUGCAGAUGCUCCUUCCAUAUAUUCUCCUCUCGUCACUUCUCUUCACUAUCGCUCUCAGUUCUCGCCUUCAAACAUAAGAAUCUCGGUCUUUCCAAGUUGCCAGAACCGUCACAAACAUGCGAUUCCUCCGAAGCAUCUUCCUAGCGUUCGUAUCCUGUGUCUGGAGCAGAGUCAUCUACGAUGCACCACGCCUCCACACUCAAGGACGCCUCCUCCCGCCAAUGGCACCAGAGAAAGAAGCACGAAGACCAACCUUGCAAUUCCACAGUAGCGUGGGCAUGGUAGGGCUCCACGUUACUGCAUCUAACAGUCACGACGAGAAGUACGUGGAAUUGCCCCUACGCCAACGUGUGGUUCCUGGAUCCAACUCUUCUUUGCCAGUGCACGUCCAAAGCGCCCGUAUCGCCGAUCCAUCGGACCCUCGCUCUCAUACCACACGCAUUCAGUCAGCAGUGUCAUACUCCUUUACUAGCCGUCACCAAAGACAACGAUUACGGGACAUUGAACGAAUCGCCUGCACGAUACGCGCAGUUCUUUCUGAAGAAGAGAAAGGUAUGCUCGCGCAUCAAGGAACAGGCGAGGUCGACUGUACAGUGGCGUUCACGUUCCAGGACGGGACCGUUUCCUUCGAGCAGCCGGGUAAUCGAUGGUUUCUGGCGGGCAGGGAGGUCGAGAGUAUGGAGUGUACAUAGCGUACUGGCUUGAGCGAGAUACAUGGAUCUGAAGGCGUUCCGGGGAAAGGGGUUUUGGGAACAGAUACCAUCUGGGGAUGUUAGUUUCAGUCUACUAUGGAUCCCUUACAAGCAACAAUGUCUGUUCUCAAAUGUUUGACAAAAUCGACUGCUCAAACUCCAGCUC